UACGAUAAAAGGUCUACAAUUUAAGGCUUUUUAUCCUGUAAAUUUCUAUUCUUUAUUUACUGUAGUGUAAGUGAUUCCUAGCAUAGGUAAAACAAUGGUUACUCGAGGGCUCGAAUCAUGGGAAAUUCCACUUUCUAUUUACCUGGAGGACCUUUUUUUUUAUUGCUAUUCGUAUAAUAAAAUAAUUACUUGGAACCGAAUCAGGUUUUGACGCUGACAAGGCUACACAACAAUAGAAAAGCUAUAUACAACGUUAUUUUGUUUCCCCCUUAUUGUACAAAGUUCGCCGUGUUAUAAUGUCUCCAUUGUUAUUACAAAUCACGAAAAGCAUCCAGUGUAAUAGGUCAAACUAUACAUAUGUUAAUAUAAAAUUUCUGAAUGUAUAAAAUUGAUGUUUUUUUUAAAUAUUUAAACAUUUAUCUUUUUUAUUACUUAAUAAAAUAUUCGAUAAGAAAUUGACUUCUUUGCAAUCAGAUGGCGCCACCGUCUAUGUAAUUCUGAAAGCGAUCAUUUUUGUCGAUCGCUAUUGUUAGAGUAUUGUUUUUCUUGUGUUUUCGCGUGUAAUUGCGUGCAAUUUGUUACUUGUUGCGUGAAACUUAUAAGAUUAUUUACUGGCUUUUUUUUUAAUUGUAAGGAGUUAAUAGAAUCGCCUUAGAUUCCCUGUAAGGAGAGUGAGUGUACGCAAGAUUCGUUGGACUUUAUACACGCUGAUGAAUCACGUUUUCAAGUGCAAGUUUGUCUGAUGUUCGCUAAUUUAUCGAACAGAUAAAUAAUAUUUUGAUAUCGAAACCUGUAUUUUUAUUUAUUUUUAUAACACGUAAAAUUGGAUAUGAAAACUCGAUUGUUCCUGAAUGACGAAAGAACGGAGGAUGCCUAAAAGGCCUGAGGUCGUGACGUCACAGAAGCGGACCAUUUCUCUUUCGGACAGCUCGUCACAGUUGUUCUGAUAAGUCCGAGCCGUCAAUAACUAUGGAAGGAAAUUGGGCGGAGGAACCAAAUAACGGGGAGUGUUUAACGUGGGACACGUCGUACUGCAGCACGUGGCACAGCCCGAAUUCCGAAACGGACGACACAUGUCUAGAUUAUCGAAUAAUGAUACCAGAAGGAAAGGAGUACAAAAUAGUUUUUAUCAGUUCCAGUUCCGACACGGACGACGAUUGGCCGAAUCAAGCGAAUUACGAUGAUUAUUUCGAUCUACCGGAACUGGAGGAAGAUUUCGUCGUUCACGUUACCGAUUACGUCACGGAAACAUGCGACGGUGUCACGAACGGAACUGGGCCAACAGAACACGUUACGGACUCCACUGGCAAGAAGAAAGACGUGUUGGAGGCGGACCGUGAAAGUGCAACAGGCACAGACCCUGACCCCGGCAGGAAACCGAGUAUAGAAGUGCAGCAGACUGACUCGGUGCGGGCUGCAGCCAACUACCAGUUGUGGGUUGGUAAACAAGAUCGGGAGACGUCGCCUAGCAGCUGUGCAGCACAAUCGAUCGUGCAGUCGGAACAUGGCGGAGGAGACGAAGUUAUAGACCCAGAUAUGGAAACUGCAAAACGUUCUGAUGAUAUUUUGCCACGGCAUCAAUCACAGGUUAAAAUAGAAGAGGAUAAUGUGGCCGAUGAUUGCGUUACCAGUCAAGAAUGUGCCACCCACACGCCGCGGAACGAAAUGGAUGUUUUGAAUACAGAGAACUGUCGACCCGAUUUGCAGUCGAUGAAACCUGAUUUAAAUAAUGAAGAACUGUCUACUUUAGAAAAGUACUUCACCGUCGCCCUGGAGACAGGUAGGUGUUUUAACUCUAAACGUCAGCCGUCCGUCGCAGUCAAGAAAAUGCCCGGUUUGGUUUCGGACGGGGCCGACGCCGACGUGGAUUCCGUUACCGAAUCCGUCGAUGCUCGAGAUCCUUAUCCCUCCGACACGGAGACGUCGAGCGUUAGUGAUGUUUUCAGUGAUAACGAAGACAAUAGUGAUUCUUCCUCGGAUGAGGCUACUUACGUUGCGCCUGCAGCUACGGGUCAACCUCUGUAUAGUCAUUCUAGUUAUAGUUUACAUACCAUUAUGGAGGAGAGUUGCGAAGAGAGCGAUAGAGGUUCCGGGUCGACUACGCCGACUAAUCGGAUGCCGCCCUCGGAACUCGAGAAGUAUUUUAGUUUAACUAUUGCCAGUGCGCUCGAUCAGAAGAGGGCUUCGUUGGCUAUCAGCGAGGAUGAUUUGAGUAUUAUUAGUGACUCGUUUUCCGAGAAUUCGGGCUCUAUUUAUAGUGAAAUGAGUGAAAAAACAAAUGAUGUUGAUCCUGCCGUUUUGGCUGCUUCCCGCCUAGAAAAAUAUUUCACCUUUGGUUUGUUAGGUAAUGGAAAGUUUUGCUAUCCGGAUGAUGCGGAAUUUACCGACGAGAGUGCUGGUAUCGGUAGUGAAGUCGACGAUUGUAGUUUGGCGUCUAAGAGAAAUUCAAUCUGUUCUUUAGAUCCGUCAUUUGAUGAUAAUAUAACUGAGAAAGUUGAUGAAUUGAUUGAAGCCACAGAAAUUGCUGAAAAUGCAUUUGUUCAGGAUAAUAAUUAUGAUACUGUAAAACGAAAAAAAGUAAAAGAGAAAGAUGAAGAGAAUGUUUCUGAUACAUUCUGUGAUGAUGAUGGUUUUAGUACAGUAAAAAGAAAGAAAAAAGAUAAUGAAAAUGCCAAUUUAACUGUUGAAUCUGUAAAUGAUGAUAAUUACAAUCAAGAUAUUACAUCAUUAAAUUUCAAAAACAAAGAAAAUUUUACAGAAAAUAUUAAUGAAGUAACUGAUGAAUUUUUAAAUUGUAAUUCUGAUAAUGAUUAUAUAGGUUUAGAAUCAAUAUGUUAUCUUUUUGAAGAAAUUAUUUUAAGUAAAGAUGAUACUGAGAUAGAAAUGUUUAAAGAUACAGAUAAAGAUAAACAAAACUUAACUAUAAUUGAAAAUGAUCUAAAUAAAAAUAAUGUUGAUAUGUUAGAGGUGACAAAACCUGUUGACUUGGAUGAAACAGAUAAAGUUGACACCCCUGUUUCUGAAGGCUAUCUUGAUGAUGAAGCAAAAUAUAUAAUGAAUAAGUUAGUUGCACACUUUGCAGAUGCAAAUGUAAAUAAUACAAAUUCUGGAGAAUUUCCUGGUUGGGAAUUAUUUGAAUCGCAGAUUGCACAACUUAUGCAAACGGUUUCACCGGCAUCUUUGUCUAUUGGUGAUCCGAGCGGUAGUAGUUGCAGUAGCAGCACUAUAGGUAGUAACAACAGUGAUUAUGGAAGUGAUACACUAGAAUCUGCAGAUUGUACUACAACUGACGAUGAUGAUCAAGAACAAAAUGGACGAAAUAGCGCACUAAUGGUUAAUGUACAUCCAUUACAGCGAAGAGGUUCGGAAGGUUCUGGCAGUGGAGAGAGUACAGAUUCUACAAUUUCUGAAGAUACUGUGUACAUAUGUAAACAAUUGAUGCAGUCUCUUAAAAAAAUGGUUGAAGCUACACAUAAUGAUAGGACUAAAAAUGAAGGUGACAGUUUUUCUCAAGCACGAGUUUACAUAACUGAACAAAUAGUUGCAUUAAUGCAUACAGUGAGUGCAAGUAGAAACGGGUCACCCAUAAGAGAACGGAAACAGAAUAUUUCAGAAUCUUUAACUGAGAAAAAUGAUGUUAAAGUCUUGAAGGAAAUUGAUAAUUCAAAUGAAUUAUCUCCAUCAAUUUCUGAAUUAAGCAAUUGUUCUAGUGAUGAAGAAGCUGAUAUUAUGUUUGUAUCUAAUAUUGAUGAUUACAAAGAAAAAAGUUUGCAAGAUGAGAAGCUUGAAGUGCCUAAAUUAGAUUCGGACCUGCUUACGGUUGAUGAAGGAAUAUCUGUAGAUAAUGCAGAAGAUUCUCAAACAGAAAAACAUCUCUCGCAGAAAGAGUAUUCAAUAAAUGAUGCAUAUAAAGAUACAAACAAUGAUAACAUUGUUCAUUCUAAGCAGAAAAGCAUAACUGUUGCUCAUGUACAUUCUAUUUCUAAACAAAAUUCAUCUUUAGAAAAGAUUGAUAUAUGCGUAACAGAAAAAACAGAGAUCAGUGAUAAUUCUCAGAAUGUAUAUCUUUGUGCAAAAGAAGAAAAUUCAAAAUUACAAACAGAAAAUAUUGAUGAAGAAAAUAAAGAUGAGUGUAAUAUUCAGAGAACUCUCAGUGAUCGUAAGAAAGCAUCUAGUGAAAAUAAUCUUCUCUUAGCUGAUUAUAAGGCAAAAAAGAAAGAGGGGAAAGUAUCUGCUACAAAAUCAACUGGAAAUAUUUCUGAUCUUGAAGUUGCUACAGGUUCAAAGGCAGCUUGCAGAGAUACUGGUUAUUAUUCAUUGAAGUCAUCAGACGAUAGCUUUUUGAGUUUGGAUGAAUCUGUUACAAGUCGAGCAUCCUCUGCUUCUUUGUCACAUCAAAAAUCCCCUGCAUCCACAGAAACUAUUUUAGAAGAUGAUGAAAAUAUUUGUGCCAAACAACCUCAGGUGAUGACUGUGAUAAAUUCCAAAACUACAUCAUUGAGCUCAGGUAACAUACCAGAAACUAUAAUAAGUGCCACUUCCAUAAAAUCGAGUACUUUGCCGUCUAGUGUCAGAAACACUGUAACACCUACGCAUCCUCCUCCAUCAUCCACUUCACGUUUCCGUCCAUUUGUGUCAUCGUUUUUCUCGACGUCUGGUGUUCUCAGGAAGUUAGCAGCAUUACGAGAUGAAAAUAGCCCCUCUUAUCGAAUUUCGCCAAGAGGAAGACUUGGGGGAAGAAGUAGAACUCCAUCCGGAAAUGAUGAUUCCCGAUAUGGAAUGGGUUCUAUGCCCCAAUUAUGUUUCCAAGAAUAUGCUGAGAGUAUAUCUGGAUCUGAUAGAGCAAGUUCAUUACUUUUGGAAGAAGAAAGUGAUCCAAGUUUUAUUUAUCCUAGUUGUAGUCAAAUUAGCUUAUCAUCAUUUGGAUCUCGAAGUGAGAGUAUGUCUAGUGUUUAUAGUGCUGCUGGAGGCGGUCGGUAUGGUACGGUUACUGUCACCGGUGAAGUUCUUUUUGGAUUACUAUACAACAAGAAGAAUGGAACAUUAGAAAUAUACAUCAAAGAAUGCCGUAAUCUCGCUCCUGUUGACAUAAAACGAAAUCGCUCUGAUCCAUACGUUAAAGUUUAUCUUUUACCUGAUCGGACCAAGAGUGGAAAAAGGAAAACUAAAGUCAAGAAACACACUGUUAAUCCUACUUUUGAUGAAAUACUGAGAUUUCCUGUAACUUUAAAUGAAUUGGAACAACGUACGCUAUGGCUUUCUGUUUGGCAUAGCGAUAUGUUUGGACGCAACGAUUUCUUAGGAGAAAUUUUAUUAGCGCUUGGACAAAAAUUACUUGAAAAUUCUGGUCUUAAAUGGUAUCCUCUACAAGAAAGGUUGGAUACUUUAGAGUCACCCUUCACUUUCAAAGGAGAUUUGUUUCUUGCUUUAAAAUAUGUUCCUGCAGAUCUAAAUAUCAAAAAGUACAAAUAUCCUGGACUUUUUGCUAAAGGUUCACUUCACGUACUUAUGAAAGAAGCAAGAAAUCUGAUGGCAACACGUUCAAAUGGUACAUCUGAUCCUUUCUGUAAAAGUUAUCUCUUGCCUGACAAGAGUAAAGCUAGUAAGCAGAAAACUCCUGUUGUAAAGAAGACAUCAAAUCCAAAGUGGUAUCAUACCUUUGUAUACGAAGAUGUCACAUUAGAUGACUUAAAAGAGAGGUGUUUGGAACUGACCUUAUGGGAUUAUGACAAAAUUACUAGCAACGACUUUUUGGGAGGAGUGAGAUUGAGUCUUGGAGCAGGAAAAUCGUGCGGUCGAGAAGUCGACUGGAUGGAUUCGCGCUUCGAAGAAGUGUCGUUAUGGCAUGCAAUGUUGGAGAGGCCCAACAUGUGGGUCGAGGGAUGCCUUUUGCUUCGUCCCACCAUGCAGCCCCGUCGGGUUUGAAUCGCAGAGUUAAAAAUGCAAAAGUGGAUACCUCAACCGAAACAACUCUGAAUUUGCAAAUAUGGUUUAAUUGCUUCAACACUUCUUUCGUAAUUAUUUUUAUAAAAAGAUAUAUAUACAUAAAUAUAUAUAUAUACACACACAUAUAAAUAUUUAGAGAGAUUAAUUUUUUAUAUAAAAUGUUUUUCUAACCAUAAAAAUUUGACAUAGUUGUUAAAUUUUACAUUAAACACCUCUGUGCCAAAUAUAUAGAACAAAACAUUAUUCUCAUACCAUUAAAUCUCAUUUAAAUUUUUGAUCAUUGUCACUAUCAGUAAUUCAUAGUAUUGAAGCACAUUUUAAAAAAUAUUUUACCAUUAUUAUAAAUGUCAUGUAAAAUUAAUUACAAUGAUAUAAUGUAAAAUAACUUCAGGAUUAAUACAGAAAUUAUAUAUUUUAAAUCUUAUAGUUAAUUUUAAAGUUGAAAGAGGCAAUCAACUUUGUUAUAUUAUCAAUGCCUAGUCAAUGUGUCAUAAUUAUGGGCUGAACUUGUAUGUUAUUAACAAAGUUAAGAUAUCAAUGGGGUUGUUUUGUAGUAUUUGAAAUUGACUACAUCAUUGAUUCGAUUAUCUGGCUACAUUAAAGCUGCUUUAUUAGGCUACAUGCUUAACAAUUGACUCUAUCGAUCACUUCUUAUGAUGCCGAUUAGUGAUAAAGGUGAUCAUUUCUACUCAUCAUCAAACACUUGUUAUAACUUUGUUGCCCAUGUGAAUCAGCUUUAAGUCAGCUACUAGUAUGUUAAAUUUCUUUGAAAACACCUUGAGGCUAAGCCAAAAAAUGAUUAAUAUAUAAUUCAAGAAUGUUUUUAUGGUUCCUAUAUUUAUCCUGAAGUUCUUUACACAAAGUCAAAACAGUAAAAUAUUUUAUUGAAUUACAAAGUCGAAUAUAAUUCUAGCAAAAUUGUAAUUAAAGUAAAAAAAAACUUUAGUUUAAUUUCAGUAUUGUUAAAUAAAACUUAACAGAUUUUAUUAACAUUCCAUUGUAUGAGUGACAUGCUCAUAUCUUUACAAACGUACAAAUACAUUUUUUUAUGUAUAUAUAAAAUGGAAUGCAAAGUAUUCUUUUGAAAUGAUUAAGGAACCGAAUUGGAUGGCGGAAAAUAUUUAUAUGCAGAGGAAUGUUGAUUUUUCCAUUUUAUAUAUUUGAAAUUUCAUACAGGUGUUGAGAGCAAGAAACCAUUUUGCAAAUACCAUUAAAUCGAUGACAUUUUGUUAGAAGUUUGAAACAGUAUAUUUUCAGUACAAAAUGUUACGUGUGACUAUUGUUAUUUUCCCUUCCUGCAAUUUUAAAAGAGUGUAUAGAUGAAGAAGAAGGAAAUUUAUCCUUUUUUUUUUCCGCCCGGAAUAAGAAACGAAAGGCAGAUAUUUAAACAUAAGUUCCUACGAUGACGUUUUGUCAGUUAUAUAGAUCUCUUGUAUGAUGCUGCCACAUUUAAUUCAUUUAAAGGUCAACUUAAGUGUUAUGUAUUUGUCUUUUAAACCAUUUUUUUUUUUUGUUGUUUUCUUCCCUUCUUUGUUUUUAUUUCUCUCUCGCUAUUAAUUUUAAUGGCUUAAGAUUUUUCAACUGUGUCCAUUCCCAAAAUACUGUUUGCAUAUAAGCGAGCGUCGAAAAUUCGUGUUAGCGCAUCAUCAAAACUCAUAUUAAUAGUUGGAUAUUUAUGCCGAGAGACACUCGCCUCUAUAAUUACCUCCGCGGAUGACAUAACAGGGAUAUUUACAUUAAUAUAAAUCAUUAACAUAACAACAUUCAACUAGCACACAGUUAUUUGAAUUAAAAUUUAUUGACCGAAGAUAAGUAGCGUAUAGGAAUUAAUGAGUUUUCUGUUUAUCGGUAAGGACGAUCGUAGCCAAACUAAUCCUCGGCAUGAAUAUCCAUACCAUUCAAAUUUUAAAAACCUUUUUAUCGGAUUAUGGAGUAUUUUUUGAUCUUUAUAUGUCUUGGCAACAAUUUUUAAUGUUUGAAACCUACUUAUCCGUGUACGGUGUUUGAUUACGUGAUUACUGUAUAUUCCUUUUAUAGUUCAAAUGUCAAAUAACUUUAUAAAGAUAUGUAAAAUUAUAUUUUUUAAACUUUUUUUUUAUAAUUUUGCUAAUUAUUAUUAUUAUAAUUAUUAUUAUUAUUUUGCUUUCUGACACAAAUGAUUUUUGUUAAUUACUUAUUUUUAAAUUGCUGCUGGUUGGCAAUAUAUCUUAUAUUUUAUAGAUACCACACCACAAAGAAACUUGUUACAAUAUAAUCUAGAUAUGUAACUAUUUAGAAUAUUCAAACUGGAAGAUAUCUUGUCAAAUUGUUCUUCAGAAUUCUGUUUAAUAUUAUAGAAAUUUGGUAAUGGGAAAACUAUGUUGUUCUUUCUUAUUAUUUCUACUAUUUUUUAUGGGAAAUAUUUAUGUUGUACAGAUUUGUUUUUCUUUUUUUUUUAUAAACUACUGUUAAAUCUUGCUCAUUAAGAAAAUUGUAUCUGUUUUCGGAGCAGUAAAGAAUUUUUUUUACAAGUAAA